AGAAGAGGCAUCAACCCUUCUCACUUCAGGGAAAGGAGAAGCCUCUCGAGUCAUUUUGUUGGAACUGCUUAAUAAACCCUCUUGGUAAAUUAAGUUAUUUUGUAUAGAUUUGUUAAAUUUAGAGAAACGAAACAUCGUCAGCCAUGGCGCUCAGUGAUGCCCAAGUACAGAAACAGAUCAACCACAUGAUGGCCUUCAUUGAGCAGGAGGCCAAUGAGAAAGCAGAGGAAAUCGAUGCAAAGGCUGAGGAAGAGUUCAACAUUGAGAAAGGUCGACUGGUUCAGACUCAGCGUGUGAAGAUCAUGGAAUAUUAUGAAAAAAAAGAAAAGCAGAUUGAACAGCAUAAGAAAAUUAAGAUGUCUAACCUGAUGAAUCAAGCGAGGCUGAAGGUGCUGAAGGCUCGUGAUGACAUGAUUGUGGAUCUGUUAAAUGAGGCCCGUAAGAGACUUGCAGAAAUUGCCAAAGACCCAGCUAGUUACUCCACCUUGUUGGAGGGUCUCGUGUUACAGGGGUUCUAUCAGUUACUGGAGCCUAAAGUGAUAAUUCGCUGCAGACAGCAAGAUGUAGAGAUGGUGCAGGCUGCAGUUGAUAAAAACAUUCCCAUUUACAAAGACACUGUGAAGAGCAACAUAAAUGUCAGAAUCGACCAGCAGCGGUUUCUUUCAGCAGACAUCUGCGGAGGAAUUGAAUUAUAUAAUGACAAUGGGAAGAUCAAGGUUUCCAACACCCUGGAGAGCAGACUGGACCUCAUGGCACAGCAGAUGAUGCCUGAAAUAAGAGUGGCUUUAUUCGGUGCAAACCCCAAUCGCAAAUUCACAGACUAAUGUUGGAUUCUGUGGGAAUAAUUGACACUGGCAGAAUACUCGAGGUGACCACAGGCCGUGGGAUCCAUGGCUGAAUCGCUGUAGUGUGUAAAUGCCUGAAGAAUUACCUUAAAUGUUCAGAUAUUUGUUCAUGCAUUUUUGUACUUACAGAUUGAAUGCUACUCAGCAAGGGUAUCGUUGCUUACAUUAAAGUGCCUUUCAGUUUAUUAUAACCUAGCUCAGGUUCUGGCUCAAGACCAGAAACUUCCUACUUGCAGUGUGAUUGUAAAUAUGCAUUCUGCAGUUGUUUGGGAUAACCUCAGUCACUUUAGACCUGAAAUGUAUUGUCCUUUGCUACUUGAAUCAACGUAGGUUAGCAAGGGUAUAUACAGCCCCUCUAUAAGUUCUUUUUUAUACGUCUUUAGAAGACUACUGCCCCUCGCCAUUUUGAUUUUCUGGUGUUUUACCACCUAUAUUGGUUUAUUUUUGUAAGAUAUUCUAUGUGUGUGUGUGGGAGGGGUCUAUAUUUGUCUGUAAGACAGUUUGAAAAGAGAAUUAAUAUUCUCAAUUGUUUUCAAGCACUUGACAUUCAUUGCAGCAUAAUAAAAAUGGAUAUGCA